AUGGCGGAGGUGGGGGGGGUCUUCGCCUCCUUGGACUGGGAUCUGCACGGCUUCUCCUCGUCUCUAGGGAACGUGCCCUUAGCUGACUCCCCGGGUUUCCUGAACGAGCGCCUAGGCCAGAUCGAGGGGAAGCUGCAGCGCGGCUCGCCCACAGACUUCGCCCACCUGAAGGGGAUCCUGAGGCGCCGCCAGCUGUACUGCCGCACCGGCUUCCACUUGGAGAUCUUCCCCAAUGGCACCGUGCACGGCACCCGCCACGACCACAGCCGUUUCGGAAUCCUGGAGUUUAUCAGCCUGGCUGUGGGGUUGAUCAGCAUCCGGGGAGUGGAUUCUGGCCUAUACUUAGGAAUGAACGAGCGAGGAGAACUAUAUGGGUCGAAGAAACUCACACGUGAAUGUGUUUUUCGGGAACAGUUUGAAGAAAACUGGUACAACACCUAUGCUUCAACCUUAUACAAACACUUGGACUCAGAGAGACAGUAUUAUGUGGCUUUGAAUAAAGAUGGCUCACCCCGUGAAGGAUACAGGACUAAACGACACCAGAAAUUCACUCACUUUUUGCCCAGGCCAGUAGAUUCUUCUAAGUUGCCUUCCAUGUCCAGAGAUCUCUUCCGCUAUAGGUAA